UGAAAGUAUAUUUAACAAUAAAUUAAAUGAUAUAAAAAUAAUAAAUAAUUACUUAAAUUUUUUGAAUAAGACGAAUGGUCAAACAUGUACUUAAAAAGUCAACGGUGUUAAACAUUUUGAAACGAAGAGAGUAUAUGUAUAGCUGAGCCUGCUAUUAUACCUGCUCGUCCCCAUGGAGUCCUCUGCAGGCUACAGUGCACUCCAGCGUCCGUUGGGUUGGGCGUAGUGCCGUAGUGUAGCUUCAUCUCGUCUCGUCAUCGAGGUCGCCGGCGGUGAGGGGCAGGCAAAGAACAAGAUGGAGCUCGCCGUAGGCGCCUCGGACAGCGCCAUGAGGUCGCUGCUGGGAAAGCUCGGCAGCCUCCUGGCCCAGGAGUACACGCUCAUCAGCGGCGUUCGCAGCGAGAUCCAGUACAUCAAGGACGAGCUGGCCAGCAUGCACGCCUUCCUCCUCAACCUCGGCCACGCCGCCGGCCACCACCAUGACGAGCAGACCCGGGGACUGGAUGGAGCAGGUGCGCGACGUCGCCUACGACAUCGAGGACUGCAUCGACGACUUCAGCCACCGCCUCGGCGGCCAGCCACGCGGCGAGGGCCUCCUGUCCGGCCUCCGCCGCGCGAGGUACGCCGUGGCCACGCUCUGGGAGCGCCGGGGCAUCGCCGCCAGGGUCGUCGACCUCAAGAACCGCGCGCAGGGCGUCGGCGAGCGCCGCACGAGGUACGGUGUGAAGGACCCCGGCCGGCCGGACGCCGGGAACGGGAAGGCCGCCAGAUCCGCCCCUUCCUACCACGUCAACGACCGCCCCCAGCCUGGUCCGCAGCUCGUCGGCGCCGCGGAGUCGGUGGGGAUGGAGGACGCCAUCGGCAAGCUCGGGGCAUGGCUGACCGAGGGGCUGCCCGACCUGAGGGUCCUCGCCGUCGUCGGAUUCGGCGGCCUCGGCAAGACGACGCUGGCAUUGGCGCUGCACCGCAAGUUCGGGGAGAAGUUCGAGUCCCGGGCGUGCGUGCAGGCGUCGCAGAAGCUCAAUCUCGCGGCGCUGCUCAGAAGCAUCCUCAGGCAAGUCAUGCCUCAGGUCCCUGACAAGGAGAGCACAGAUGGAGACUCUCUUGCAGGGAUCGAGAGAUGGACAGACAAGCAGCUUAAGGAGAAGCUCACAGCACAUUUGGAACAAAAGAGGUACUUCCUCUUAGUAGAUGAUGUCUGGUCUGUAUCUUCAUGGGAAUACAUCUGGGGAUCUUUGCCCAAAAAUAACAAUGGCAGUAGAAUAGUGGUGACAACAAGGUUCAAAUCUGUAGCUGACGCCAGCACUCAUCAGCAAACAGGUGACAUCCACAUGCUAGAUCGGCUUUCAGAUGAGAAAUCAAAACGACUGUUCAAUGAAAGAAUCUUUAGUGGUGAUGAUUCAUGCCCGGACGAGUUCAGGGAAACCAAGGACAAAAUUCUGAAGAAAUGCGGUGGUCUGCCACUGGCAAUAGUUGCGGUGGCAGGACUUCUGGCCAGAGACCCAAGGUCAAAGAGCCAUUGGACAAAGGUGCAAGAUUCUUUUAAGUUCAGAGCUGGAGAUGAAUCUUAGGCCUUGUUUAGAUGGGACUAAAACUUUUAAGUCCCUAUCACAUCGGAUGUUUGAAAAUUAAUUAUAAAUAUUAAACGUAGACUAUUAAUAAAACCCAUCCAUAAUCUUGGACUAAUUUGCGAGACGAAUCUAAUGAGCCUAAUUAAUCCAUGAUUAGCCUAUAUGAUGCUACAGUAAACAUUCUCUAAUUAUAGAUUAAUUAGGCUUAAAAAAUUUGUCUCGUGAAUUAGCUUUUAUUUAUGUAAUUAGUUUUGUAAGUAGUCUAUAUUUAAUACUCUAAAUUAGUGUCUAAAGACAGGGACUAAAGUUAAGUCCAUGAUGUAAACACCACCUUACUCCUGAAGGAGUAACACAGAUACUCAAUCUCUGUUACAA